GCUGAUUAUUGUCCAUAGACUACGCAAUAAAAUUCACAGUUUCUUAAUUCGUUCAAAACCAAACAGUUGGAUGUUCGAAAUCUGUUAGUGCUGUUGGUGUUUGGACGUGUGGCUGGAAUUUCAAACUUGAAAAUGUUUCUCAUUUCAAAGAAACAGGAGCUGCUGGGACUUGUAUUCUCCCUGCUGCUGACCAAUCACAUCGUCCAAACUGAUGAACGGAAAAUAUUUCCCGAAGUCGAAAAGGACGAACAAGUGAUUGCAGCCGGCUCAACCCUAACACUCGAUUGCAUUCAAAGUAAAUCCUCCUUUUUGGAUGACAUUUUUGAACUCAGAUGGACAACCCCCGAAUUACACGGGCUUCUAGUGGGAUGGGAAUUACGCUUUAGCGUCAAAGUUUCCAGGAAUAAGACGCACCUCACCUCAACGAUGACUCUCAAGUACACCAGACCCACCGACACGGGACUUUACACUUGUGCGGGAGCAUUUACGGAACGGGAGAAACGAAACCGAUUCGUUUACGUUUCCACCCACAAAGAUCUUGUUUUGAUGACAGUUAACAUAUUUAAUUCAUUCACGACGACGGGAUCAUUCCUCAUCCCGUUCAUCACCACCCAUCCCAACGUCAGCAUUUCAGUUUUUAGGCAAACGAUGGAAAUAGGAGCGGAACCUCAAAAUGAAUUCUCCAAGGUAUUUAAUUCCUCAGCGAGAACUGAACAUUCGAGAUGGUCGUAUGAUCCUAGAAAGGGACUGACGUUGAGAAAUCCAACUCCCUGGGACUCGUCCAUUUAUUACGUUGCUGGUUAUUUACCCUUUGCCAACGGGAAAAGCGUCUACAUAAAACACGAAGAGAAAAAUCUAGAACUUCUGAGCUGGUUAUUUCCACUGGAUGAACUCAACUUUACUGACGUCAACCGCGUCCCUGUAAUUUUGGCAGGCAAUUGAAUUUCGUUUUAUUCCUUUAAC